ACUAGGAGCUGCAAAAUUAAUCAGAGAAGCAGUGGAUGCCAACAAAAAGCUACUCCAGAAAAAACCCAAAACAUAUGUCUCCCUUCAAAAGAAAAAUCUGCUUUUUCACAGCUACAAAGGAUUGAAAACAAAUUUUAUCAUCAAACGUGGAGCUGUGCCAAAUCACAGGCAGCCAGAAGAAAGCUUUGGCACGAAAAGAGCUUUGAUGGCAAGAGGAACAAAGAUGAAACAACUUUGAGUGAGAAAAAGAGCAAUGAGAUUGCUCCAGCCCACAGAGAGGGAAGCUCUGCUGUUCUCUCCCCUGCUCUCUCACAGACCUGUUUUCCUGAGAGCCCUGUUGUGAUCCCUGGCCCAUCCAGAAUGUCCCCUCUGCCCCCCAGGGCAGCCUCAGGAUGCUGCAGCCCUGCCAGCAAUUGGGCUAUGGAUGGAAAAGGCUCAGCUGGGACAUGGGUGCCUGCAAAAAGCCUGGACAGCCCAAGAAGGGACAAUUUCAUGGAGCUGGGAGAUUCAAGAGGAUUCCCAGCCCAGAAGGAAAAAUCUCCCUGCUCCCUGCAUUGCCCACCUUGCUUCCCUGCAAGGAGCAGCUCCUCUGUCCUGUUUGGCAGCAACACCCCCGUGCCCACGGCUCUCCUGCUUCCCACAUCCCACCUUUCGGCAGCCAGCAAGGCCAGAGAUCAGAAGCUGCAAGAGCUGUGGAGAAAAUCACCCCAAAAUAAGUUAGAGCAACUCAAGAAGAGGAUCCAGGAGCAGAAGAGAAAGCAGCAAGCAGCAUCCCGGGAGCAGGAGCACCUGAUUUUUGCUGAAGACUCCCUGCCAAAGAGAGCCCUGAAAAGAAAGGUUUGCAGAGUGGUCUCUGCUCCUGCUCCAGCUCACAGAGACCAAAGAGAGAGAAGCUCAGCAAGGAGAAUUCAAACAGAACACCAGAAGCAGCUUUCAUCCAAGUCCUGUGUUCUGGAGAGAGCAGUGGCAGGGAAAGGUGUGAAUCUACCUGGUGUUUCUGCAUGGAGAGAAGGUCAGAAGCUGGCUAGAAGGCUGCUGGGUCCACCCCUUCCACUUCCACAUUUGAGGAGCAGAACUGGAGAGCAGAGCACAGCAAAAACCUUUGAACCUUUGGAAGGAGGUCGAGGACUUGGGGCAAUGCUGGUGAUGGAGAUCAGCUCCAGAAUGAAGGGAAAUGAACCUGUGGGGGAGAGCCCUGGAGCUCACAGUGCUGUGGUCGCUCCCAGCAAAGCUGAAAGGGGCAAAAAUGCACCCACAGAGGAUACAAAGCAAGCAUUCAGGAAGCUUCUCUCGCAAAGCCAGGCCUGUGAGGAACACAGACAGAUCAGGCUCCCCAGAAAUGCUGUGAAACACCAAUCCCAAGGGAUCCAUUCUCCUCCACCUGGACUUUCAUUAAUGAAAGAUGGAGCCAAGCCCAGCACCUCAGGAAGCUGCAGCAGAGGAAAAAGUGCAUCUCCUCAGAGACCAAAAGGGUCUGAGAAAGAAAAUAUAAAGCAACCUUCAAAGAGGAGGAUAAACCUUAAAAAACCUCACCCCUACAGCCCUGAAAGUGUUCGGGAAUUUAUGCACCAGAAAAAAGCAGAAAGAAAGAAAAAAAUCCUCGAAGAGAAAAACUAUUGGGAAGAAAUCCUGUCCUGA